AUGGAGCGGCGCCAGUACGGUCCCGUCGACAAUCAUCAGAAACCUCACGGCUCUCUCGUCGCUCACGUCAAGGCAAUCCCAUGCUUCGACCGGUCUCGACUAACAUCCCACGAGCAGAAGCAGAUGGCAUAUGAGGAGCGCAUCACCAGCAACAUCACCACCUUGACAUCAACCAAUGCCGAUUCACGCCAGAGCAUUUCUGGCCUCCUCUACGUCCCAGACCUCGACGGCUAUCCCGAAUGUGACCAACAACAGUACGAAUUCAUACCCGAAAAUGUGACACGACGAGAAAACCUACCUCCCACGAAUUACAAUCUCAUUGCCCUCGCUCCUUGGUUCAGCAUCGACUGCACCCUAUCCUACCUCGCAUCCGCGCGUCUCGACCCCAUUCGCGCCUUCAUCUUCUACAAGCCCAACAAUUCGUCAAAUAAACCCCAAGAUGCGGACUCACCUGUGUGGAAUCUCGAGGAUGGCGGGGCCUGGAGGAAUGCCAACAAAUAUCCCAUAUACGCUGUCUCGGGAAGGGAAGGUCAGAGUAUCAUGCAACAGCUGAGUCUAUAUUCAGGUCGCAUCGAUGACGUCCCCUACGGAAGCGAGAUCAACAAGCUCUAUGGCCCGAAUCCAAAAGACUACGUUCGAAUAUGGACCGAGCUCUCGCUGCACGAUGAGUCUGAUAUGCCAGCUCUCUGGGCCUUUUUCUUGAUCGUCAUCGGUGCUCUCCUGGCCAUCAUUGCCUUUGUCUCGGUUACCAUGCACCUAGUUCAACGGCGACGUCGAAUAUCUCUCAGGCGAAGAGUCGAAACCGGCGAGGUAGACCUCGAGGCAAUGGGUAUCAAGCGUCUAACAGUGCCGGCCACUCACGUGCGCGCAUUCCCUCUCUUCACAUACAAUGCAGACCCCGAGUCGAUGGCCGCUCCUCCAACCCCCUCGUCCACCCGCCGUCUACGAAGCAGCCGAGGACUCGAUCAGCGCAGCAUUCGCUCCGGUGCCAGUGUUCGGAGCAAGCGAUCCAGUUUGGGCGUCACUGGUGACAAUGCUGCCACCAACUUCCAGCCAAGCUGCCAUAUCUGUCUCGCCAAUUUCGACCACCGAGUGACCAUCAUCCGAGAGCUCCCCUGUGGACACAUCUUUCAUCCGCAGUGUAUCGAUGAGUUUCUGUUGCAAAACAGUUCUCUUUGUCCCAUGUGCAAGCAUUGCAUGCUGCCAAGAGGCUACAGCCCCAAAAUUACGAACGGCAUGAGACUGGGGCAAACGGCUUUUCCGAACCUCAACAUCACCCACUCGACCUGCCUCUUCGCCCUUAGUCUCCCUGAAGCUAGGAAAGUUCAGACGGCGUCCCGCAGAAGACACAACAGCGGAGGUGUCAGAACACUCGGAUACGCCACCAGCGCCUUCGUCAACCGCCUCACAACCCGAGGAGCCCGAAGCGACCACACGUCCUCCUGCUACAGCCCAGGCCACGAAGCCGAGACGAUCGAGACCUCGGGCUUUGAACCUUCUACCGACACAACCAGAAAAUUCCGAGUUGAUCACACCAGCAGUAGGGCGCGCAAGUCCCUCCUCGUUCGCUCGACAGCGUAUGCGCGAAAUUGCAGCCAAGAAUGCACCCUUUGA